AUCACAGCAUGUACAUGGUUAAAGAUAUACAUUAAUGCAGAGUCUAGUCCUGGUAAAGUCUCAUUUACUUAAGUAACAUUUUUCAAGUUAUUAGUUGAACAAAAAUUGGUCUGUUGCUUCUAAUAUAUAUACAGAGGAGAAUGAAUAAUUGUUUAUUGAAACACAAAAAAUACUAUGGGUUACUUGCUGCAUCACUUCCCUGAUUCAAUUUCCUAGUCUUUAAAAAGAGUAUAGGAAGACCAUCUGCAGCAUAUAAAGAGGAGUCAGUUAUAUAAUGUUUAUAUCAGUCAGUUAUAUAAUGUUUUGCAAGCAUCCUACGUGUAGAGCACUGUUUUUUAGGUAAGAUUGUGAUAUAGUAUCUAAGGAAGUGGAUUUAGGUUUGUUUUUAAACAGCAACAAAAAUUCCAGAUUCACUGAUACCAUCUAACAGUUUGAUAGGUUUGGCUUGAGCUUUCUGACAUUUUCUAGAAAUGCUGGAACUUAGAAAUAAGUGAAUUACAACUGUGAAGAAACUAUGAAGAAUAUCAGUUUGGUGAAUCUUGGUAAACUUCUAGAUGACUUCUCAGUGAUAGAAAAGAAAAUAUCAGAAAUUAAUGAAGCAAAUAACCUACUGGUUCUUCAGCUGGAAAAAUCUAACAUGUUGGUAAAAUUAAGCCAAUCAAAAGAGGAUUCAGUAAAAGAAGGAAACAAUCUUUUGGCGGCGAGGAGGAAAAGGCUCAGCUUUGGACACCUAAUGAUGUUACUGUUCCCAAAAGUACACCCUUCCCAUCCAUACAGGCCUCUUGAGCAUCGAGUGAACCACCACAGUUUGCGAUGCGAGCAUUUUUAGGCAGGCUAGUAUAAGUAGUGUUUAGCUUAAAAUGCAAGCCUGUAACUUGUAGUUAACAUUCACAAGCAGUUCAGAUGUCUGUAUAGAAUGAUAGAGUCAACAUUUGGGAACCAUAAGGCCAUCAGUGACAUCAUCACAUCCCAAGCUGAGCUGUUCUGUUGCUAUUAAUAUGACCAAAUCUAAUGUUAUGUUUCAGCUGGUUGCCAGAAACAUUUUCUCCACUGAAAAAAAAAAUCAAAGUUUGAAAAUGUCAGAGUUCCAAAACAUCAAAGUUUGCCUGUAAUUGGAGAUGGGAUGUCAAGCUGGUGGGACUGGUGCUCUGAGAUGGUGUAAAAGAUGUUAUCUCUUAGCUGAUUGUGUGAUUUGGUUUAUUUAAGGUCAAUUUGAUUUGAUUCCAAACCCCCCAAUCUGAGGUUUGGAAUACAUUUCCCUCUACCAUGCUGACAGGUGCAUUGAAGUUCUAGUAUUUCUCUUUUAAUGUUGGUCACUGAAAUAAUUUAGCCUAAAUUAAUUCUGUGCCGUUGUAUUGGACUUUAGAUAUUGGUGGAACUCAAGUCUUGUGUUUUCCCUAAGCAUUUGUUUAGCUUCUUGAGGACUGAAA